AUGGCCAACGAACAAAGCAUGCCGCUUCCACUAGUGGACGAGCGCAACAGGAAAAUGCUUGAUGCGAUCCACAACGCUCCCUGCAUGAGCCUCCAAAUCGUGCUAUUCUCUCUCUACGCCGAGGGCGACGAUAAUCUGAAGACGCGCAUCGAGGAUCUAGUCCACGACUACACUCUGACCCUUCACAACUUGAACGCCGGAAUCGCGACACCUGCCAGCGAGCUGAGAACUGAGCCAGCGACAGAAGUUCCACUUGCGAGAGAGGAACCAAUUGAUAACACAAUCUAUUGUCCUGUUUGCGGCGAUUACUUUGAUCCGGACGACGAGGACGAUCUGUGCUUCCAUCAUCCUGGCAAAAGGAUCGCCAUCCCCGGCUUUGACAGCGUGGCGUACGAAAAGGAAGUUAGUCCCGAGGCGUACGAAUUCAAGGUAGAGGAAGGCUUGGACACGGAGGAGAAUCGUUUGGUGCCGGUUUGGGCAAGCACUUGGGACUGUUGUGGAGGGGCGGGUGCUUCGAGGGGGUGUGUUCAAAAUGUUCAUGUGGAGUACGUGGAGGGUAUGGAGGAUUGGGACGACAGUGAUAGCUAUAGUGACGAGAGCGGGAACGACUGA